CAGAGAUGAGAAAAUGCUGGGUCUGCUCUUGGAACGGGCUGCUGCAUAUUUUUUCUUGGGUGGCCGGACGCAGGAAAUGAUGCAGGAUUUAGCAGAAGCCUUUGCAGCAACCCCUGACCUGGCAAUGAAGCACUUUGAAGAGCUGUUCUCACCACCUGACACUGAGAAGAUAGAAGAACAGGCUAGAACUGUCCUGGAAGUGAAGUUUGCAGCAUACAGGGAGGCUGUGCGUGCUCGGACAGAACUCAGAAGCAAUCGUUGUACUGAACUGCUCCCUGCUGUAAUCCAAACAGUGCUUUUCCUCCUGCGUAUCUCCCCGGGGUCCAAACGUGAGCUCAGAGUCCGGCUGGCAGACUGCCAUCUCCUGCAUGGACACAUCAGAGGUGCCUUGGAAAUCUGUGACCAGCUCCUGGCAGCAGAGCAGAAAACUUAUCACAAUACUCUGCUAGCACUGCGAGGAUUCUGUGCCCUCCAUUCUCAUGAUCAUCAGCAAGCCCUGCAGGACUUUCAAAAGGUCAUUGAGCAUGAUUCCCCUCAUCCUAACAGCUGUAUUAAAGCCUUAUGUGGGCGUGGACUUAUCCGGAUUUCUGGUGGCAGCCAUUACUUGACAGCCCUGGAUUACAUCACAGCUUGCCAGUUAAAGCUAGAAGAAACCAUCUUCACCAUCAAGGCCUAUGUGCCGUGGAACCAAAGAGGAUUGCUGCUAAAGGUUCUCCAGGAAGAGGGACAGAAGAUGCUCCAGAUGAAGAGGGAUGCCCUCGGGGUUUACCAGCUGGCUUCUCUCCUGAUGGAACUGGACCCUUCUGAUGAGGCAUCACGGAUCCUUUGUGCCGAUGCUCUGUACCAGAUGGGCUGGGUAGAAGAAGCUCACAAGCUGCUCUCAUUAGCACUCUCCACAAAUCCACAAAGAUCUCCCGUCCUGGCCAGACUCGCACUGCUGCAAUUAAAGAAAGGUUUCAUGUAUGAUGGCAAUCAGCUGCUAAAGAAAGUGAUCAAAAUUGGGGAUACCUCCUGCCUCCUGCCAAUCAUGGACAUUUUCAAGGAUGAAGACAGGAAGCUGAUGCAAACUCACUGCCGUUCCAGGGCACUGAGCAUCCUGAAGAACAAACGGGAAGAUGCUGACAUAAAAGAGGCCAUUGCCUAUCUUUCUUUUGCCAUCAUUGCUUCAGGUGGCUAUGCUGAAGAUUGCCUCCUCAUCAGGGCUCAAUGCUACGGGCACCUCGGUCAGAAGAAAACUGCUAUUUUUGAUUUUAAUGCCGUCUUAAAAGAGGACCCUGGCAAUGUGCAUGCUCUCAGUGGGCGAGGAUUAAUUUACCUUGCUCUAAAGCAGCAAAAGGAGGCAGUGCAAGAUUUGAUCUUGGCGCUGAAGGCAGAGGCAGGAAUGGUAAUCCCAGCAAUCCUGUCUCUAAAGCACGAAGCCCAGGAGUUGGUCGCUCAGUGGCUCCUUCAGCACAGCAGAACUGUGUUAGCUGAGCUUGUUGCUACCAAAGACUUUUCAAAGGAAGAAAGAACCCUCAGAGACCUUCUUGUGAUUGCAGGAGCACUAAUAAAAAUUCGCAAGGAAGCACAGUAUCACACCUUCUAUACGGAUGUUUUGAUUGCAAAUGGAAGGUAUGAAGAGGCCCUUGUUCACCUUCAGGAGGCAUUUGGGCACUCCUUUGCUGAUGAGGUUGCUAGUGCAAGACUGGCUGUGUUGCAGCUGAAGAAGAGGAACGUGGCAGCGGCAGCUCACUCAUUCAGCAUCCUAGCUAAGAAAGAUGAAAGGGAGCUGGAGUUCCUCCUGAACUUUGUAGAUGCUAAGCAACAGCAGCAUCUCUCUCAGGUAGCAGCCCAAGAAGGAAAUGUUCUGAUUAAAGGCUGUCAUUAUAAGAAGGCUCUCGGUUACUUUACCCUGGCUAUCUUGACAAGCAAAGAUAAACCAAGAUACCUCCGACAGAGGGCUGCUUGCUUUAUGCACCUCAAAAAAUAUGACAAAGCUUUAAAAGAUAUGGAGAAAGUGAUCGAGAAGCAUGGCUGUAACAGCCUGAGAACACGAGUUCAGGACCACUGCUCAAAAGGACACCUGCUGUUGUCAGUGUCACAGGAAGAGGCAGCAGUCAAACAGUAUGUUGAAGCACUGCAAUUGGAUGAAUCCACGGCACUGUGCAGCAUCAUGAAUGGCUCUGGUAGUGAAAACGUAGCAAAAACUUUUCAUAAGAUUGCACAAAGCAAUUUUGAAAUGCAGCAUUAUGAAGAGGCCUGGAAAAUCACAGAUUAUGGCCUUAAAAUUGAUCAAAAUAAUCCCGACCUUAAGAAGCUGAAAACAAGACUCAAGCGAGAGGCAUCAGGCUGUAGCAUACAUUAAUGUAUCUGUGGGGAUCUGCCUGUGGCUGACUGUUUUCUUGUUUGUGAGGCUGCAAGAAUAAGGCAAGGACAAGAUGCUCAUGAUAAUUAUGCAGUGGAUCACGGCACUGAACGUGGCACAGCAAGACUAGAAGUAAAUAAUAUCAGAGUGAAACAAAACUGACCAACAGAGCUAAUAAGAACAAGGCAAAUGGCAUUAUUCAAUAUUCUUUACAAUCACUGGGGAAGAAAGUAAGCUCUGCUUUGUGAGGAAUAUCUAGCUAACCUGACUAAUUAAUUGCAUACCACAUUGGUUCUGGCCACAGUGGAGGAAAACACUCCAAUAGCUUGCAGUUUAUGAAAUGAUUGCGUAUUUCCUUGCUAUUUAUUUGAUUAGCUUUCACGCACACUGUUGAGCUAAAUAGCUUUAUUUUGUGAGCCAAAAAGGUCACCUGAAAGUAACAUUUGUAAUGUGUUUGUAAGUUUGUGAAGCAUCCUGUGUUACACCGCUCAGCCACCCCGUCCUGAUUGGAACAGGUGCCAUUUUCUGAUGGAACUGCAAUAAUCAGCAGCAAUAUAAGGGAGUGGGGGCAGCACUAUAAGGUAAAAUGAAGGAUGAGAUCCAAGAGAGAUGAAACAUCCAACCUAGCACUCUGUUUUCUGGGGGACAGAGGCAGCUAUGCUACAGGUAAGAAUGGGUUUCUUUCUCUUUCAAAGCCAAGAAAAGUUACUCUGGUUCUAAUCCUGGUGACAUUGAUGAGCACUUCUUGCUCCU